AUGUCGUCGAUGCGAGGACUCGUCCAGUUCAUCGCCGACCUGCGAAACGCGCGGGCGCGGGAAUUGGAGGAGAAGCGGGUGAAUAAAGAACUGGCCAACAUCCGACAGAAGUUUAAGUCGGGCAGCCUCAACGGUUACCAGAAGAAGAAAUAUGUUUGCAAGUUGCUCUAUGUCUAUAUCCAGGGCUACGAUGUCGACUUUGGCCAUCUUGAGGCCGUCAAUUUGAUCUCCUCCCCCAAGUACUCCGAGAAGCAGAUCGGAUAUUUGGCGGUUACGCUGUUCCUACAUGAACAGCAUGAGCUCAUUCAUUUGGUUGUCAAUAGCAUCCGGAAGGAUCUGCUAGAUCACCAUGAGUUGAACAAUUGUCUGGCGUUGCAUGCCGUUGCUAAUGUUGGUGGCCGGGAGCUCGGGGAGGCGCUCGGCGGCGAGGUUCAUAGACUUUUGAUUUCACCUACCUCGAAAGCUUUCGUCAAGAAGAAGGCUGCGCUGACUCUGCUUCGUCUGUAUCGGAAAUACCCCGGCAUCGUUCGGAAUGAAUGGGCCGAGAGAAUCAUUUCCAUCAUGGACGACCCUGACAUGGGAGUCACGCUGUCGGUGACUUCGUUAGUCAUGGCUCUAGCCCAAGACUUGCCCGAAGAAUACAAGGGCAGCUAUGUCAAGGCCGCGCAGCGAUUGAAGAGGAUUGUGGUCGACAACGACAUUGCGCCGGACUAUCUUUAUUACCGUGUGCCAUGCCCCUGGAUUCAGGUCAAGCUACUGCGUCUGCUGCAGUACUACCCCCCGUCAGAAGACAGCCAUGUCCGCGAGAUUAUUCGGGAUUCCCUACAGCAGAUCAUGCAAGCUGCUAUGGAAACACCUAAGAACGUCCAGCAGAAUAACGCUCAAAAUGCUGUUCUGUUCGAAGCCAUCAACCUCCUCAUCCAUCUUGACUCCGAGCACAAUCUCAUGAUGCAAAUUUCCACCCGUCUGGGCAAAUACAUACAGUCCCGCGAGACUAAUGUCCGCUACCUCGGCCUGGACGCGAUGACCCACUUUGCUGCCCGGGCCGAAACUCUCGAUCCGAUCAAGAAGCACCAGAAUAUCAUCUUGGGCUCACUGCGGGACCGGGAUAUCAGUGUCCGCCGCAAAGGUUUGGAUCUAUUGUACAGCAUGUGUGACACGAGCAAUGCUGGCCCGAUUGUCAAUGAACUGCUGCGGUACCUGCAGACUGCAGACUAUGCGAUUCGCGAGGAGAUGGUGUUGAAGGUUGCAAUCCUUACGGAGAAAUAUGCCACAGAUGCCCAGUGGUACAUCGACAUGACCUUGAAGCUGCUCUCGCUGGCCGGCGAGCAUGUCAACGAAGAAGUAUGGCAACGAGUGAUCCAGAUCGUGACCAACAACGAGGAGUUGCAGGCAUAUGCGGCACAUACCUUACUAGGCUACUUGAAAACCGACUGCCACGAAAGUUUGGUGAAGAUUGGCUGCUACGUCUUGGGCGAGUUCGGCCAUCUCGUUGCUGAAAACCCUGGCUCAAGCCCCAUUGAGCAAUUCCUGGCAUUACAGGCCAAGAUGUUCACCAGUUCCGACAACGCGCGAGCCAUGAUCCUGUCGUCGUUUGUCAAGUUCGUGAACCUGUUCCCUGAAAUCAAACCCCAGCUCCUGCAGAUCUUCCGCCUGUACAGUCAUUCCCCCGAUUCCGAGUUGCAGCAGCGAGCAUUCGAGUACCUGUCACUGGCCACGCUCCCGACUGAUGAUUUGCUGCGAACCGUUUGCGAUGAAAUGCCUCCGUUCUCUGACCGUGCCUCCAUCUUGCUCUCCCGACUUCACCAGAAGACUGCUGGCACCACCGAAAGAAAGACGUGGGUGGUCGGAGGCAAGGCCGCAAAUGCGGACAAGCAAGAAGUGCUUAUGGCCCAGAACACCGGCUUGAAGCGCAGCUUUACGACCAUUGUCAACAGCACGCGUACCGGUGCUGCCAACGGAAGCCCGGCCAGUUCUUCGGGUGACCUGGCCGGCUUGGAUCUUAGUGGACCGUCUGCUCCGCCUCCAAAUAUGGCCAGUGCCGCGCAUCUGACACCGGAGUGGGAUGUUGGGUUCAACCGGCUCUACUUCAAUCAAGAGGGUGUGCUAUUUGAGGACGCACAGAUCCAGGUCGGACUGCGCUCCGAAUACCGCGGCCCCAUGGGUGUCGUGAAGCUCUACAUCUCCAACAAGUCUACGUACCCCAUCGGAUCCUUGACCACUACCCUUGACAACCCGGCCUCGCCCAACCUGAAGAUCGACACCAAAAACCUCCCCGAACCCUCCGUGGUUUCUGCUGGCCAGACACAACAGACACUGUUUUGCUCUGCGCACGGUCCCUUCGCCGCUGCGCCCACGAUCCGUAUCUCAUACUUGGCCGGUGCGCUCCAAGCAUACACGCUCCAGCUGCCCAUCUUGAUGCACCGAUACAUGGACCCGUCGGCGCUAUCCGCCGAAGAGUUCUUCAAGCGCUGGCGCCAAAUCGGAGGGGCACCGCUCGAGUCUCAGAAGACCUUUGGGUUGAUUGGGAAAAACAAGUCCAUCAACGAGGCUUUCACCCGGAAAAUGGUGGAGAACUUUGCCUGGAGGAUCUUGGACGACGUGGACCCGAACCCGAAGAACAUUGUCGGCUGCGCGGUGUUCCAGUUCGAGGGAGGCAAGACGGGCUGUCUGAUGCGCCUAGAGCCCAACUACGAGAAGGCGAUGUAUCGGAUCACCAUCCGAGCCACGCAAGAAGGCGUCCCACAGGCACUGACGAGGCAAAUGGAGCAGAAGCUGGCGCAGGGAAUUGUGGACCGGUCCUGA